AUGCCACCCAACAUCAUCAUCAUCAUCAAUCGUAGCUCAGAGAAGCGGCCACAGGCCUGGAAGGCAGGUACAGAAAGCUUUGAAACUGGCCUGCCGAUAAUUGGGCAGCAAGUGCUCAACCACUACGUCGCCUGGAGUAAGGACGAGAGCAAGUCCGCUGUCCUGCAUUCUUGCUACGACUGUCCAACUCGGUAUCUACCAGCACCCGCUAUUGAUAAUAGCUUUCUGGGAAACUCAGCGGGAGAGAAGUCCGACAUCCACAGAGCUUUUGAGUUUACGAAAGCCAUUGUCAAUGAUAUUGAGUCAGCCAAUCAGGCAGGACUGCGUCCGACAGUAGUGUCGGUGGGUCUGGACGGCUGGGCCUGCGAUCUGCGGAUGUUGAAGCCGUGGCUUCAACAAAAUGGCCUACACUUCGACCUCGUGUUACGCCUCAAUGGCUUAUACUAUGGGAUGAGCGAGAAGUUCGUUGAAGAAGACCACAACGUGUAUUGGGUUCGGCACGACAUCGGCGACAUCCAAAAGACCUGCAGUCUUGAGCCGACUGCCUGGAACGGCCAUGAUGAAAAGUCGAGAGAACUCAUUACGGUCUGGAAGACCCUCCAAGAUGGGAAAGACCUGUCGUUUGGAGUGAAGACCGGCAGAAAUGCCGUCAAUCUUACCGCGUCGCUUCCUUCGGUCAUUUGA